UCCUGCCGCCCUCCCCGCGCUGGCACCCACCGGAGCCCGAUGCGGCUCCAGCCGGACGAGCGGCCACGGGAGCGCGCAGCGGCGGGGCCCCCCCGGCGGCGGGCACGGGGCGGGGGGGGCCCGGAGGGGGGCAAAGAGCAGAAACGCCCAACUUGCCGUUUACCCCAAGGCUCCUGCGCCCCCCUCUUUAAUUUUCCUUGCGAGCAGGAGGGGAUGCAUUCCCCUCUUUAACCCAAGGGGGAGGCAGAGGAGGCGGGGAGACCCCAUCCUUUGCAUCCUCAUGGCCGAGUCCCCCCGCUUGCAGUCCAAGCAGGGGGGCAGCGGGUGAGUCCCGCCCCCCCGGCUGCGGGGCGGCCGCUCCCCGUCCCCGCUCCCCCCAAACUUUGCCUUCGGAUGCGGGGACUCCGCCACCGAGCUGCUCCUGCGGCUGAUUAAUUGCAUCUGCCUGGGAUUAAUUAUUCACCCGCCUGCUUUGGGUUGUGUUUUUUUGUUGUUGCCGUUGUUUUUUUUUUCUUGGGGGGAGCGCUUUAAUUCAGCUUUUUUUUUUUCUUCGGAAGAACCGCGCUUGGAAAUCUUAUUUUUAUUUUUUGUGCAUGGGGGGGCUGGCGCCCCGCUAGCCCUGCAGCAUCAGCUUUUAUCAGCACGUCUUUUUUCAUCUCUUUUUUUUCCCCAGGGAGGGGGUUACACGUGCUCUUGUCCCCCGCCCCCCCAGCUCCUGAGGAGGAAGAGGAGGAGGAGGACGGGGACCCGCCCCCGCCGGCUGGGCGCUCCUCCGGUCGCCCUGCAGACGCUGGUGGGGGGGUUGCGGCAGGCUUGGGGUGCGGGGUGGGGAGGGGUGGGGGGCCGGAGAUGGGGUGCUCUGCUCGCUGAGCUGGGGGGGCCAAAGCCGAGCCCCCCCUAACCUGAGCCGGGUCCCCCCCCCUCCCCAAAAUCCGUCGUUGGCUGCUGCUCCCGGCUCGCACGUGGUUGGAUUUAGGGGAUUUCUGCGGUUUUUUUGGUGCUUGGUUUGGAUUCCUUUUAUUUAUUUUUAUUUUGCCACGGGGGUGGCUGUGCCCCCCCCCCCCCCCCCCCCGGCUUUUUGGCUGCCCCCCCCACUACCUUCCAAUGGCCUCUCCGGAGAAGAUGCACCCCGGGCCGGCUGCCCUGCUCUGCUGCCUCUGGUCCCUGCUGCUCCCCGCCCACGCCAAGGGACCAGCCCCAAGCUCUGAGCCUGCUGAGCCCCCUGGUGCCAUCACACUGCCCGUGAGCUACCGCCUGUCCAACACCCGCUUGGCUUUCUUCCUCAAGGAGGUGGGAGCUGGCCCGGCAGGCAACGGCAGCGCCCCGCUGCAACGUGCCGAGCCCUUUGUCGUCUUCCAGACCAAGGAGCUGCCCGUCCUCAACGUCACCCUGGGACCCUUCAGCACAGGGCUGGUGCUGCCCAAGGAGCAGCUGCAGCCCUCCAGCACCCUGGAGGUCCCUGACCGCCUCACCGUUAACUGGAAGGUGCGCGCCUUCAUCAUCCAACCCCGGCUGGUGGCCAACCAACCCGUGGUCCAAGUGCUCUUCUACAUUGCUGGCCGGGAUUGGGAUGACUUCGCCGUCACCGACCGGCUGCCCUGCGUGCAGCUCCACGCCUUCCGUGACGCCCGUGAGAUCAAGAGCUCGUGUCGCCUGCGGGGCAGCCUGGCCACGUGCCUGGUGCAGGCAGAGCUGCCCCACGCCUGGUUUGGCCCCCCGGCCGUGCCACUGGGCAGGAGGAAGAGCCCUGAGAGCCUGGAGGUGCCGGGCGAGAGCCAGCAAGCCGAGCUGUACUACACCCUGCACGCCCCCGAUGGGGCUGGCCAGUGCCUUGGGGACACAGUCCCUCGCCGCGGGGCUGGGGGGGCCAGGACUGAGGGUCCCACGCAGCACCCACUGCUGCGCAUCGGUAGCGUCAGCCUCCUUCAGCUCCCCCCCGGGCAGCCCAUGCAGGAGCAUCGGCUGGACGGUAACAUCUUCAUCCGCCUGCCCAACAAGCCUCUCAAGCCGGGUGAGGUUCUGAGCAUCCUCCUCUACCUGAUGUCCAACUCCACGGUGGAGCACUUCACGCUCAGGGUCAAGGCCAAGAAAGGCGUCAACCUGCUUAGCACCAAGUCGAGGAGUGGGCAGUGGCUGGUGAGCUCGGAGCUGCUGACAGGUGGCAAGCACUCCACUGCCACUGUCGAUGUGGCCAGGGUGGAUGGCGCUGGGCCCAGGGAUGGGGACUCCUCCUCUGAGAUCAUGCAGCUGGAUUUCGAGAUGGAGAACUUCACGAGCCAGUCGGUGACGCGCCGCAUCAUGUGGCACAUUGACUACCGGGGCCGCAAUCCCCCACCCGACCUGGAGAAGGUGGUGACAGAGCUGACAGUCAUCCAGAGGGACAUCCGGGCCAUCGUGCCCCUGGCCAUGGACACAGAAAUCAUCAACACGGCCAUCCUGACGGGGCGGACAGUGGCCAUUCCUGUGAAGGUCAUCGCCAUUGAGCUGAGCGGUGUCAUCGUGGAUGUCUCGGCUAUGGUUGAGUGCAAGUCCAACAAUGAAGACAUAAUCAAGGUCUCCAGCAGCUGUGACUACGUCUUCGUCAGUGGGAAGGAGUCACAGGGCUCCAUGAGUGCCCGGGUCACCUUCACCUACGAGCACCUCUCUGCCCCACUGGAGAUGACGGUGUGGGUGCCCAAACUGCCACUGCACAUCGAGCUCUCGGAUGCCCGGUUAAGCCAAGUGAAGGGCUGGAGGGUGCCCAUCCUGCCGGACAGGAGGUCGGUGCGGGACAGCGAGCAUGAGGAGGAUGAAGAGGAGAGGAAGCAGAGCCGGGGCUGUGCCCUGCAGUACCAACACGCCACGCUGCAGGUCUUCACCCAGUUCCACACCACGGCGGCGGAGGGCACGGGGCAGGUGGUCACCAUGCUGGGGCCCGACUGGCUGGUGGAGGUCACCGACCUGGUCAGUGACUUCAUGCGCGUGGACGACCCGCGGGUGGCCCACAUGGUGGACAGCUUCACGCUGGCCGGGAGGGAGCCGGGCACCACGCUCUUCAAGGUCGUGUCCCCGCUCAUGGAGGCGGUGCUGGGCGAGACGCUGGUGACGGUGGCGGAGGAGAAGGUCAGCAUCACGGACCUGAAGGCCCAGGUGGUCUCCAGCCUCUCGCUGUCCCUCCACCCCAGCCCUGGCAAUAGCCACACCAUCAUUGCCCGGACGUCCAUCCAGCAGACCCUCAGCUUCUUCAAGCAGGAAGCGCUCCUGAGCCUGUGGAUUUCCUACAGUGAUGGCACCACGGCCCCCCUCUCCCUCUAUGACCCCAAGGACUACAACCUGGUGGUGACCAGUCUGGAUGAGAAGGUGGUCUCGGUGACCCAGGACCGGGCGUUCCCCUUGGUGGUGGCGGAAAGCGAGGGCACGGGGGAGCUGCUGCGGGCCGAGCUGAUCAUCUGCGAGAGCUGCCAGAAAACCAAGCGCAAGAGCGUGCUCUUCACAGCCUUGGCCAGUGUGCGGGUCCACUUUGGGUCCGAGGAGGACCCAACCUAUGACUAUGACCAUGUGCCCAGCAAGCCGGGGCUGGCGGAGACGGGGGCGAGCACCACCCUGCGGGCAGAGGUGGAGAGGAAUGCGGAGCCCAGCGAGGACAGUAGGAUGUCCGGCGCAUCUCACCCCACCGAGGACUUCCCCACCAUCCCCACUGGCUUUGUUCAGGUGACCAGGGGGCUGACGGACCUGGAGAUAGGCAUGUACGCCCUCCUGGGUGUCUUCUGUCUGGCCAUCUUGGUCUUCCUCAUCAACUGCAUUGUCUUUGUGCUGAAAUACCGGCACAAACGCAUCCCCCCUGAAGGCCAGACCAACAUGGACCAUUCCCAUCACUGGGUCUUCUUGGGCAACGGGCAGCCCUUGCGGGCUCACAAUGACCUCUCCCCACAGCCCGAGAGUCCCGGGAACCCCCUGGAAAACGUCCAGACCUGCUGCCAUGGGGACCACCACAGCAGCGGGAGCUCACAGACCAGUGUGCAGAGCCAGGUCCAUGGCCGUGGGGACGGUUCCUCAGGGGGCUCCACGCGGGACCAGAGCGAGGACCCGCUCAACUCCCCCACCUCCAAACGGAAGCGGGUGAAGUUCACCACCUUUGCCACGCUGCCCUCAGACGAGCUGGCCUACAACUCCAUCCCCAUCGCUGAUGAGGAGGACUUGGAGUGGGUCUGCCAGGACAUGGGGCUGCAAGACCCUGAAGAGCUUCACAACUACAUCCGCAGAAUCAAAGAGAUCGCUUAACGCAGGGGCCGAGGGGCAGGGGAGGGAGGGGGCUGCCACACCGUGCCACGCCAUGCCACGCCAUGCCACGCUGGCUGCUUCCCCAGGGCAGGAGACCCAAAUUUGGCUCUCUUGUGCAUUCCUUCUUCCGCACAUCUCACGUCCUCCUCACCCUGUCGGAACACACCCCCAGGGGCAUUUUUCUUUUCUUGCCCUUUAUGGUCUGUUUUUCCCAGCACACAUGUGGCCCCCAGCCCGUGGCAAGGGGGCAGUGGAGGAGCGAGCUGGGGGGGCAGGAGAUGGAUGGGGUCAAACUCUCGGGGGGUGUGUGAGUGCGUGUCCAACGGCAAAUGGGGCAGGAUGAUGCUGCGGGUCCAGCCUUGCGGGGAGUGGGAAGAGGGGAGAGGUCUUGGACCCCCCCAGGAGCAGGGCAGGGAGGUGGUGAGUGGGGGCCUGCCAAAGGUGACCCCCCCCCAACACCUUUGCUGUGCUCGGCUGCACAAUUUUGAAGGUGAGUGCUGGUUCAGGGAUUUGUUGGGGUGUCAGGGAGCUCUCGCUGCCCCAUGCUGUGGGUGAUGCUGGGGAAUCUGUGUGUGGGGGGGAGUGCCAGGGGGCUGGAGCCCCAUAGCCAUGGUUUUGGGACACCGCUGCUGCAUCCCAGCCUCAAAUGCUGGGCUUACCCCCUCCCUUUGGCAUGGGCCAUGGGGGUUGGUGACAGUAACAUUUGCCACAUGAGCAUCCCUUGAGGACCACAGGCUGCUGCCCCUGCCCCUCCAACUGCCUGGGGAGGGCUGUGACCCCUGGGCAGGGGCAGUUUGGGGGUGCCCAGCAAAUUUGCUGCCUGUGAGCUUGUCUGGCCAUCGCUCUCCCUCUGUUCCCAGCUGUGGGACUGGUGCUGCCUGCCCCCUCCACCCAGUAGCCAUGGUGGGACCCCCAGGGCCAGCCCCCUGGUUUCUGUCCCUCCCGAUGCUGGGAUACAGUUUUGGGGCUGGGAGGUGAUGUGGGGGCUGCCCAAUACUGCGGGGGGAUGGGGGUGGGGGGGGACAAACCUGGGUGGGGACACCCACAAUGGAACCAGUGCCAGCCCAGCAGGGAUGCCCAGCGCCAGGCUCAGUCCCCGCGGUGCCUUCUGACUGCCAUCACACAAUGCCUCCCUGCUCACCCCACACUGGUGGCAGCUCCCAGCCCCUCUGGCUCACCUGAGAGCCCCCAACCCAGGGCCACCCCAUCGCCCAGCCCAGUGCAGAGCAUCCUCAGCUGGGUUAACUCUGCAGGGACACCUGGGUACUAAUGCUGGCGGGUUGGGGGUCUCAGUGCUACCCGUGGGGGACGGGGAAUCCCCCUGGCAUCACCCAUUGGAGUGGGGAGGUUGAGACUGGCAGCAGAUUAUUUCUGGAUUGGAAGUUACCCACCACUGUGUCUCUUUUUUUUUUUUUUUUAAUUAUUAUUUUUCUUUAUUUCCUUUUUUUUUUUUUUCUUAAAUAAAAGACCAGAAAAUUAAAAAAAACAAUGAAACAAAAAAAUUGAAACCAAAAAGCAUUGCAGCACUGUGAUGGGCCCUAUCUCUGCCAUGGUGCCUGGGGUGGCUGCUCCCAGCAGUUUGGGGGUUGGUCCUGGGGGGUGUGGGGUCUGCAGGGACACACACACACCCCACAGGUUUCUGUGAGCAUUGCUUGGCUUUGACCCCCCCCUCCGCCCCCACCACCAGAGGUCUGAGCACUUUGGGGUCAAAGCUGUGGAUCUGGGACUCCCUCUCCAAAAUCCUCCACUCUUAAGCAGCCUGAUCAAAGACCUGUGGUCAGGGACGAGGCGAUGCUGUAACCACAUCCUUGCUGGCCCCCGUGCCUCAGUUUCCCUGGCAGGCAAGCGGUGGGCUGUGGUCAUGCACGGUGUUCCGAAAGCCUCUUUAAAGAGCUUUAUCAAUUUUCAGCUAUGAAAAUUUCUCCCCCAAGCAGCCUUAAAACUUACCUGAUAGCUUAUGCUGAUUUUAUACAUACAUAUACGUAUACAUGGGAGAACUGAGAUGUGCUCAAAGGCCAGGCGGCUGAUGCAGUGAGGUUUUGCUGUGCCCUGUUAUCUGAAGGACCCAGGUCUGGCUGAAUGAGCUGCUGAGCUGAUAGCAGCUCUGAGAAGUAAAAUUAAUACAGCUGAUUUCCCUGCUUGGAACUGCCAAACCUCCUUGUUAAAUUAACAUAUAUGAAUAUUUGUUAAAAAAAAAAAAAAAAAAAGGAAGAAAAGGAGGGGGAGAGUUAAGAAAAGUGUAUAAUAAAAUUUUAUAAUCGUAAUAA